AUGCCCAAACGGCCCAGAGCGAUGGCGCCAGCCGCAGACCAGGCAGCCGGCGAGCCGAACGAGGACAGGCGUAAAAGGUUGCGCAUGGCUUUAGCCGUGGAGAAAUUCGUGGAGCAAGCGUUCGGCGAGAUUUAUGAGGAGAUGAAUAAGCACAUGCCUAAAAUGUUGCGCUCGAAGUUACUCGAAUUUUACGAAAAAGAGUGGGCAGAGGGAAAGAACAAAGAACAAAAUCAACGCAAAGUAUCGCUGGAGUCGGCUACGGGUUCUGACGUCGUUGAGCAGCCGGCUGGUGAGACACUGACUAUGGAAGAAGUAUCGAAGACGAUUGGAGGGCUGCUUGCCAUGUUGGAAACACAAAAGAAGCAAGAUCAAUGCGAAACAUCGCUGGAGCCGGGUAGGGUCUCUGGCGACGUUGACGUUGUUGACAUGGCCGAGGAAACGACAGGUGGUAGUGAUAGGGACAUGGAUCAGGAUGAGGACGACGAUGAGGACGACGACGACAUAUACCUCGACAGCGACGAUGACGAGGACAGCGACGGAUACUCCGACGGGCGCGGAUGGUAUUGCCUCGCUGAUAACGACAUGUAUGCAGACGAGGAUGAGAGCGAGAACGAGGAAGCGAAUGCCCCUGACAAUGAGUACAUACCCUCGCCGUGGAGCGUUGGGGAUCCCUCAACCCCAAAAGACCCGUUCCUGGAGGACUCGCCGCAGGUGGACUUGAUGGGCACCUUUCAUAACGAGCGUGGCAACCACAACCGCGCCGAUCAAGCUGUCGACCCUCUCCUCAGAGACCCCGUAAUCCUGUCGCUCAAAAGCGAGGCCGACUAUGAGAACUACCACAAACGACCGCGCAUCGACUUCGAUCGUUAUGAAUGGAGACCAUGA